AUGCCCUCCGGGGGCGCCGCGUGGGGUGGGGCCGCCCGGCCCUGCAACUCGAGCCGCUGCCCCGGGUUAAAAAUACCCCCGGCCCUGCCCUCCCCGCACCCCUCCCCCUCCCCCGCAGUGCCCUUCCGUCUGGGCGCCGGCGGCCCCUCCCGGGGGACAACUCCGCCUUUUACUAAUUUGUCCUCUCGCGGAGCUGGCCGCCGAGGGAGGGGCGGGGAGACACCGCUAGAGAGAUAGUCGCAGAAGGUGGCGGAGAGGAUGGCCGAGGAAAUCAUCACCCCGGUGUACUGCACGGGGGUGUCUGCACAAGUGCAGAAGCAGCGGGCCAAGGAGCUGGGCCUUGGCCGCCAUGAAAAUGCUAUCAAGUACAUGGGCCAGGAUUAUGAGCAGCUGCGGGCUCACUGUCUGCAGAGUGGGGUCCUCUUUCGUGAUGAGGCCUUCCCCCCGGUGCCCCAGAGCCUGGGCUACAAGGACCUGGGCCCCAACUCCUCCAAAACCUAUGGCAUCAAGUGGAAGCGUCCCACGGAGCUGUUCUCAAACCCCCAGUUCAUUGUGGAUGGAGCCACACGCACAGACAUCUGCCAGGGAGCACUGGGGGACUGUUGGCUCCUGGCUGCCAUUGCCUCCCUCACCCUUAAUGACACGCUUCUGCAUCGAGUGGUUCCACAUGGCCAAAGCUUCCAGAAUGGCUAUGCCGGCAUCUUUCAUUUCCAGCUGUGGCAGUUUGGGGAAUGGGUAGAUGUGGUCGUGGAUGACCUACUGCCCAUCAAGGACGGGAAGCUGGUGUUUGUGCACUCCGCCCAAGGCAAUGAGUUCUGGAGCGCCCUGCUCGAGAAGGCCUAUGCCAAGGUGAAUGGCAGCUACGAGGCCCUCUCCGGGGGCAGCACUUCGGAGGGCUUUGAGGACUUCACAGGCGGAGUCACUGAGUGGUAUGAGCUGCGCAAGGCACCCAGCGACCUCUACCAGAUCAUCCUCAAGGCGCUCGAGCGAGGUUCCCUCCUGGGCUGCUCCAUCGACAUCUCCAGUGUCCUGGACAUGGAGGCCAUCACCUUCAAGAAGCUGGUGAAGGGCCACGCCUACUCUGUGACGGGGGCCAAGCAGGUGAACUACCAGGGCCAGAUGGUGAGCCUGAUCCGGAUGCGGAAUCCCUGGGGCGAGGUGGAGUGGACGGGAGCCUGGAGCGACGGCUCCUCGGAGUGGAACAACGUGGACCCUUACGAGCGGGAGCAGCUCCGGAUCAAGAUGGAGGAUGGAGAGUUCUGGAUGUCCUUCCGAGACUUCUUGCGUGAGUUCUCCCGCCUGGAGAUCUGCAACCUGACGCCCGACGCGCUCAAGAGCCGGUCCAUCCGCAAAUGGAACACCACGCUCUACGAGGGCACCUGGCGGCGGGGGAGCACCGCAGGGGGCUGCCGGAACUACCCAGCCACCUUCUGGGUCAAUCCCCAGUUCAAGAUCCGACUGGAGGAGGCGGACGACGCGGACGACGACUACUACGGGGGUCGAGAAUCAGGCUGCAGCUUCGUGCUAGCCCUCAUGCAGAAGCACCGCCGCCGCGAGCGCCGUUUUGGCCGCGACAUGGAGACCAUCGGCUUCGCUGUCUACGAGGUUCCUCCGGAGCUGGUGGGCCAGCCGGCCGUGCACCUGAAGCGGGACUUCUUCCUGGCCAACUCGUCGCGGGCGCGCUCGGAGCAGUUCAUCAACCUGCGGGAGGUCAGCACCCGCUUCCGCUUGCCGCCCGGGGAGUACGUGGUGGUGCCCUCCACCUUCGAGCCCAACAAAGAGGGUGACUUCGUGCUACGCUUCUUCUCGGAGAAGAAGGCCGGGACCGAGGAGCUGGACGACCAGAUCCAGGCCAAUCUCCCUGAUGAGCAAGUGCUCUCAGAAGAGGAGAUUGAUGAGAACUUCAAGGCCCUCUUCAGGCAGCUGGCAGGGGAGGACAUGGAGAUCAGCGUCAAGGAACUGCGGACCAUCCUCAACAGGAUCAUCAGCAAACACAAGGACCUGCGGACAAAGGGCUUCAGCCUGGAGUCGUGCCGCAGCAUGGUGAACCUCAUGGACCGGGACGGCAACGGGAAGCUGGGCCUGGUGGAGUUCAACAUCCUGUGGAACCGCAUCCGGAAUUACCUGGCCAUCUUCCGGAAGUUUGACUUGGACAAGUCGGGCAGCAUGAGUGCCUACGAGAUGCGGAUGGCCAUCGAGUCUGCGGGCUUCAAGCUCAACAAGAAGCUGUACGAACUCAUUAUCACCCGCUACUCGGAGCCCGACCUGGCCGUGGACUUUGACAACUUCGUGUGCUGCCUGGUGCGGCUGGAGACCAUGUUCCGGUUUUUCAAAACUCUGGACACAGAUCUGGACGGGGUGGUGACCUUUGACUUGUUUAAGUGGUUACAGCUGACCAUGUUUGCAUGAGGCAGGGGCUCCGGUCCCCUUGCCGUGCUCCUCUCCCUCGUCUGCCAAGCCAUGCCUUCCCGCCAUGCCGCACCGGGCCACACCAGCUGCAAGUGCCUUCCUUGGAGCAGGAGGCGGCCUUGUCCUCCUGUCCCCUCACCUCCCAGCUGCCACGGUUCCUCUGCUCUGCGCAGAGCCGUGUGGCCUUCCCUGCCUUCGCCAGUCACGGGCUCAGAUGGACUCCCCCCCUCCCCCCGCUCCUCCCGUCGCCAAACGAGGAAGGCCACUUUCGCUUGUUCCUGCCUCGGGAUGAGGCUGCCAGGGGAGCUGACGGCCCCCGGCCUCCGAGCAUCCUGACGUGUCCUGUCCCCUCGCUGCAGCCAGAGGGCACCCGCCCAGCCUACCCAGCGGCCUCACCUGCAGACUUUACACCAUAACCACUAACUCUGCACAGUCUGCCGUCUAGAUGUGCAGAAGCCCUUCCCAGCCGAGGCCUCUUCCUGGGGCUGGGAAUGCCUGUUCUCCCCCGUGCAGAAGCCAGUGCCCCUCACCUCCGUGGCCUGCCCCCCCAGCCCUGCCCCACCUGCCGACCAGGAGUCACCUGGACUGAGGGGUGGUCAGGCGCUCCCUCCCUCGCUCCCUCCUUUUUUAUAUCGGUGAUUUUACAGGGGACUCUUCAGGGACCGGUGUACCAGUAACGGGGGUGCCAGAGGCACCUGGGUGUGGGGUGGGGGUGGGGUCUCGGGUUUCCAUGCAGAGAGACCCCAAACAAUAAAGGAAAAGGCCCCA